CAUUUAUUAAAUGACAUUUGUAAUACUAAUCCGGUAAACCGGCUGAGACUAUCAUCAUCAUUUGCAGAUUUAUUUUCCGGUGGUGGUAGUUCAGAAUGUGGCUCGGAGGAUAUCGAUGAUGAUUGUGAUGAAACAAUUGAUGAUAUUGAAGAAUCAAAUUCAAGAGAACCACAAGAACUGGGUAAUGGUGAAUCGUUAUUAGCUAAUAAGAUUGAUGAUAUAUCAGCAUCAGCAAAAAGGAGAGGACCGAGAACUACCAUUAAAGCUAAGCAGUUGGAUACUUUAAAAGCAGCCUUUGCUUCAACACCAAAACCAACUAGGCAUAUCAGGGAGCAAUUAGCACAGGAAACCGGUCUUAAUAUGCGAGUAAUACAGGUAUGGUUUCAAAAUCGGCGUAGUAAAGAGAGGAGGAUGAAGCAGCUACGGUUUGGUGGUUAUAGGCCAAUACGACGUAGAAAACCAUCAACAAGGGAUGAAUUAUGUAUUCCGCAGGGUGACAUAUAUUCUCAUGGUGGUAAUAAUGAUGGAUUUUAUGGUCAAUUACCACUAUCAUUUUUUUGUGAGGGUUACGGAACAACCGGUCCGGAUGGUACACUAUCAACAGCAUUACCACAUCCGUCAUUUAUUAUGCCAUCGGAAGCACAACCGGUACAUGUUGAUCAAUCCAACUCCGAUAAUACAUUCCUUGAAGAAAGUUUACGACCUCCACAUAGUUCACCAAAUAUGCCACUUGCAGCACAGGUUUCUCAUUACUGUUGA